ACUCAGUCGAUACCCCGAGCUUUGCAUCUGGUGAGCCAGCCUCCAGUUCAUAGCGAGUUUCAACUAAUGCAGAACAAAGGGCAAUAGUUCACACACCUUUGUGUUUCCCAAGACUUCAUACCAGACUUUAAACGCUUCCUCGACGAGGGCGUUAAAGUGCUGUGAUGAUAGAAAGAAAACUUCAAAAAACACCCUCUUCUCCUGAUAAUGUCCAGUACAGUCGUAUCCUGCAUGUCGUUGUAGUGACCACCAUGAGGGUUCAUCUGAGAGGAGUGGUCAUUUCGGUGGGUGUGUUGCUGUCACUGGUGGUGAUGGUAGCAGUCUUCAACGCUUACGAUUCCUCCAGUUCGUCUCAAGUUCGCGGCCGACAGCCUGGCCGGUCUGGAGGAAGAAUGGCAUUGAGAGCAGCAGACGACAGUUCAGAUGCUGCUGCCAGUGGAUCGAGAGCCAAGAAAUCUGCCGCCCCUCGAGCACGAAGCAGAUCCCCUGACGGAGAUGCGGUUGUCCCGUCUGAAAAUAAAAUUUCUCCUCGAAGCAGUGCUCGCCUCGGUCCCUCGGGAAGAACACCCGGAAUGGCGUCCAGAGGCGGAGGUGGUCCAGCCAGACCUGGAAUGGCGUCGAGGGGAGACAAUCUUGAUAGACCUGCAAUGGGGGCAAGGGGCGCCAACUCUGCCAGAGGUGGAGCUGCAGGCGGUGCCGGAGCCAGAUUUGGGUCACGGAAUGAAGAGACGUCUGACACCUUAGCCGCCAGACCUCGGGGAGGGUCCAGACAAGUUGAGAGAAUGGAUCAAGAUGAAGCAGUGGGGACAACAACAGCGUCUAAGCCAGCCAGGGGCAAAGCCAGGGGCGGAUCACCGAAUUCGAAGGGAAGUAAGCGUCAAGCAAACGAGGAGACUGUGCCAGCUGCAGAAACGUCUGGAAAAUCACGCCAACCCAAGUACCCAGAAUGGUGGGAAGCAUCGUAUCCCCGUUCAGCUGUCAACGGACUGGAAGAAACUUUUGUGGGCGACGGGCCCCUCUUCCCCGAGUGUGCCACCACCCAGACCGUUCUCAAACUCGAGCGUUUUGGAUUUGUGGAACCGCCGAACUACAUGACUAACAGCAAGAACCCUUGCUGGUUUGAAAACAUCGGGAAGAAAGACCUGCUGCGCUGCGUCCCGUACUUCUACAUCGCGGGUGUGGCCGAGUGCGGGACCUCUGACCUCAUGACCCGACUCCUGAUGCACCCUAACGUCAUGCGGGGCUCGGAGAAGGCUUAUCAUUGGUGGGACCGAUUGCGAUAUGGAGCCAGUGCCACGCUCCGUUUCACUCGUGAACACAAGCGGACCGAGAACCCCGUGUCUGUCAAAGACUACGCUCGGAAUGUUGUUGGUGACAGCGGCAGGAACCUUACACGGGAGUUGCUGUAUCAAGGAAAAUCCCAGGCCAUCUUUGGUGAUGCUUCACCGACCUACAUGGUGGAGAACACCCAGUGGGAUAUCUUCGCAGGCAACGACGGCUGCCUGGAGCCGCGGAUUGUUCCUGGAAGCUUCAUCAAGCACAUGUACCCGGACACCCGCAUCAUCAUCAUGUUAAGACAGCCAGUGUAUAGGCUGUACUCGCGGUUCCUGGCGCGCAUCCCCAACGUGGAGGAGUUCGAGAACGCGACAUCCUCGCUGUUCCACACGUUCCUCGUGCAGGCCGUGCAGAACUACAUGGCGUGCUUCGCUCGCUUCUCCAUCCGCCAGUGCGCCUACAACACCAGCCUCUUCAUCAACUCUGUCGUUCGACUGUCGGAAGGAAUGUAUCCCAUCUUCUUGGAAGACUGGUUAAGAAUUUUCCCUCCUGAGCACUUCAUGAUCAUUCGCUAUGAAGACUAUGUCCAGGAUAUUGAAGGCCACUUAAAAAAUGUCUUUGAAUUUCUUGGGCUAGAACCCUUGGAUCACUCCAUGAUGCUGAAAAUAGUCGAGGCACCCGUAUCGCGGAAAGGUCCAACCCCAGAAGAUGCCGGGUACAUGCUCCAGGAAUCUGUGAAAAUACUGACGGACUUCUACUCGCCUUUCUUGUCCAAACUCGCUCACAUGUUGAAUGACAAGAAGUGGCUUUUCGAAGACGUGCCUCCUCCUCCAGUGGCGACUUAUAUCCAGCAGACCUAUCCUCAGCAAGGGAGGGAAGCUCCUCCCGCUGUUGCUGAAACAGAAGCAAAACAGCAGGCAGAUGUCCACGAUGACCAAGAACAGAAGAAGGAAGCAGAAGAGGAACAACAGAAGCAGAAGAAGAAGAAACAGAACCAGGAGGACGACUCUCUAGAUGACAAUGUUAUUAACGAUGGCGAGGAAAUGGAGGACGAGGAGAGUGAAGACGACAAGUUUGACGUGUGAACGUGACGUGAGUUAUGGACCUUGAAUGGUGCUUGGCGUUCAUUUUGAAUGUGUGUCAGAUGCUGGACGAAAGAACAGUUUUAGAAAUUGGUUAUUACUGCCUAGGAAUUUCAUCAUUUGAUUGUAAAAAAAAAAUCACCUUACUAAGCAAGCUGCUUGCAUGGCGGAAAUAUCGGAAAGUUUUCUGAAAUAUUACCUCAGUAAAUACAAUAAAAUACACCAUAAUGCAGGAGACUUGCACACAGUUAAUUUUACAGAAAUAUCAAGAAUUCCAUCAUCUUAUUCUGAGCAAGUAUAGGAACGACCAUUCUGGCAUAAUUUUUUUGUCGAAAUUCACUGGCUGAGAAAUAUUUUAUUUUUCAUGUAUACAGACCAACCAAAUGUCAUCUAAUAUCGUCAAAGUGUCUUGACCCUGUGUAUAAAUAAUAGAUAUCACAUUUCUCAAGAUUUCCUUGCUGCUACAUAAUGUACAGUUGCAUAAAAGCAUCUGUAACUUGAUAUAUAAACUUCGUGUUUAUGAACAUGUUUGUAUGUAUAGAAGUUUAUUCAAACUAUUUUUCUCUAAAUGAAAGAGGAUUGAACUUCUUUGGUGUAUGUGCCUGAGCCUGAGAGUUUGCAGACGAGGAAGAGUUCCACACGUCACCACUCGUAUUACUAUUUUAUUAUUUUAAUUAUUUUGAAGCUCAUAGCGUUCAUUCAAGCUGUGUGGUAAAGUUUCUGAGCUUUAAUUGGUCAUGAAAUUAAGAAGGUAAACAAAUUCAUCUACUUGUCCAUAGUUUAUGGCUUGCUUGUUUGAACGAAAUGUUUUUGACGAAUAAAGAGGGCGUGCUGUUAGACUCACUGCAAA